AUGUCUCCCGUCGCCAUUAUGGGAGGAGGAGACAAGGUUAUCGCCCCAGUGUUGCUCCUAAUUCAUCCUACGGCAAUAUCUCGUACCUCGCCGCCCCUUUGCCUCUGUGUUUCUGAUUUCAAUGGCGUGAAGCUUGCUCUUCGCUGGACAAACUUGGGCCGAGUGAACGUUGGUAAUUUAUCCUGGUCAGCAGCUCGGAUCCCACCUAAACGAACGUCGAGCGAUCGUUCCAAGUCCGCGCCCAAAUACCACGAUGAAUUCCGUUUCGCCUUCCCGUCUUGUUCGCAAUUUUAA